GUUCAUAGAGUACAAUUGUCACUAGAUGUGCAAAGUUAUUAAAGAUGCGUCGUUUCAUCGGAUAUUUGGCAUUACUGGGCAUCGGUCUGUGUGUUCCUGAUGGACCAUCGUCAAAUUCUCUUCCCCUUAGAAAUCCACUUUUAAACUAUAGCCCCUACUAUAAUCCCGGAAGUGCUACAGCACCCAUUCUAUCAUAUUCUAACACUCAUGGUGUUGAUGGCAGCUAUUCUUACAGUUUUACGACUGGCGACGGCAAACAAGCUCAAGAAAAUGGAUAUCUAAAAGAUGCGUAUAUUGACAACAUUGGUCAACCCCAGGGAACCCAGGUCAAAGAAGGCAGUUAUUCUUAUGUAUCUCCCGAAGGAACACCCAUACAAAUUGAUUAUGUUGCUGACGAAAAUGGGUUUAGACACGGUGGUGUUCAUUUUACAGCGAACGGUAAAGGAGCAAUACCAGCCCCAAUAUUCAACCCCAGAUUUAAUUAUAAUAAUCCUUACAGCAACAGAAAUUAUCCUUUUGGACAGUAUUCCCCAAUAAAACCUUAUGACCCCAGAUAUCCUAACAACCCCCGCUAUAAUAUUUAUAAUCCUUACAUACCUGUCCUUGACAACGUAAAGAAAGAAGUAAAAACGGUGACCGUAUAAUAAAAACUUUCUACUUAACUUGUGAUUAUUUUGUGUUGUAAAAGUAAUCUAUAAUUAUAGAACCUCUGAAAUUUAUUAGUAUCUUUGUCUCAUAAGUAAGCAGGUAUUAUGUUUCUGCCCGUUUUGAAAAUUAUCUGCUAUCUUAAACUUAACGAAAAAGGCAAAAUGCACAUAAAGCAGACAAUGUUAUAAUAAUUUCAUGAAUAAAAAGGUUUUGCAAUGAGAUUCCGUAUAAUUUUAAAAUGUUCCAAAUAUUUUUAACAUUCUAAAGCCCUUACAGGUUUGAAUACCAUUAUAGUAGUAAUUUUAUAAACCUAAGUCAUA